AUGAAUGAAAUGGGAGAUGGAAAGGAUGAGGUAAGUAGACUUCUGAAAGUAAUCGGAGGGGAAUGGAGACAAUAUGUGGGGCGACGAAAAAUAGAGAUUUACAAGGAUAUGUGGUGGACAAGGGAUGUGGCAGAAUAUGAUGAGGUUUUUCAGAUCAGUGGCGGUGAUGACGUUCUCGCCCGCGGUGAUGAACAAGUAUUGAAAGAGAGUAAACGCUUGUCAACAGCGGAGGUGGCGCUCGGAAGACUCCGGAGAGGGACACAUGGGAUAGGAUGA